UUUGCAUCCCUUUUGUCCCGUCAUCUUCCUGAAGGACUAAAGCUGUAAAGGGAAGUAUCCUCACGAUGGACGCCUUGUUGGGACAGAGGAAGAUCAACCUCCGAGCCCUGACAGACUUCUCCCAACUGGAGAAGCCUGUGAAGGAGCACCUGAAAAAGGUGUACUCCAGCCUGGCCAUCGCCAUGCUUGCAGCUGCAGCAGGUGCCUACGUACAUCUGAUGACUGGAUUUAUACAGGGAGGUUUCCUGUCUGCUAUUGCCUCCAUCGGCCUGCUGGUGUGGCUGGGAGUGACAGAGAACUCACCUAGUAACCAGCUCAAGCGUCUGGGCAUCAUGACAGGAUUCGCCUUCUGUGUCGGCCUUGGCCUUGGCCCCCUGAUGGAUACAGUUAUUCAGAUUGACCCAAGCAUCAUUCCCACUGCGUUCAUGGCCACCACCGUGGUGUUUGUGAGCUUCAGUCUGAGCGCUCUGUGGGCAGAGAACCGCUACUACCUGUUCCUGGGAGGGAUGCUGAUGUCAGGGGUUCAGAUGCUGCUGUUUGCAGGACUCAUCAACCUGUUCUUCAGGUCCUACUUCCUCUUUCAGGCACAGCUGUAUGUGGGACUGGCCAUCUUCUGUGCCUUUGUGCUGUAUGACACCCAGCUGAUCGUGGAGAAGCGCCGCCGUGGAGACACUGAUUACAUCUGGCACUGUGUGGACCUGUUCCUGGACUUUGUCAACAUCUUCCGCCGCAUCAUGAUCAUCCUGGCACAGAGGCAGCAGGAGAAGAAAUCCAAGAAGUGAUUGAGCUGGGGGAUCAUUCCUUCCGGAAGACUCGCCAGAAGAAGACAAGAUUCAAGUUCCUUAAGAUUACAGGCUCAAGAUGUAUCUUUCUUUCUUUCUUAUCAUCAACAAGCUAACUAUAGGUGAUGUUGGGUUGUCUCAUUUUUCUUACUUAUGAUUCACAUCUGCUUAGAAAUUACAAUGUCUCCAUUGUAUUGAUAGAAAAUAGAUAUAAGGCCACGCCCAAUUUAAUUUCUUGGUUAACGGAUUUUUCUAGAAAAAUAAAGGAGCGGGCAGGCGAAAAAUAAAUAAAAAUAAAAACAGGCCUAGGCAUCCUAUUAUGGCCCAAAAUGGUACGAUAGGAGCCAUGAAGUCAACACACCAGGCAUUUCAAAAUUUAAACAAUGAAUUUUGAACUUUUAACUGCAUUGAAAGAUGGAAUAACUGUAACAACUAGGAAGAAAAGGCCUGUUUUCAACUGUUCAGGGCAAAAUAUGAGCAUUUUGCAGUUGAUUCUGAAUUUUUAUUUGCAAAUCAGAAAAAAAUGAAGCGGGUGAAUCCGUUAACCAAGAAAUUAAAUUGGUGUGGCCUAAUGAUGUUGUCUUGUAGAACAUGCAUGGCUAUAUUGUGUCCAACUCUUCACUUUUGUUACAACAUAACGUAACGUUACCUACUUUGAGUGAAAUGUGUUUGUGGAUUUGAUAAGCAGAAUAUCACAGAAUGGUGAUGGAAUGAUUUCCAAUUUUAAUUUCUUUCAUCCAGAAGUAAUUUUUAUUGUUAAAGUAAUAAUUCAAUAUUCUGAUGUUAGACGUAUUGCUACUUCAGUAUUUCAUAAAAAGUUUCAUAACAUAACAUGAAGGUGUACAUGUGUAUGCAUGAAAAUGAAGUAUUGAUAAGGUAUGGUUUCCUUCCGUUUUAUUGAACUAUUUGCAGCUUUCUUAUUAUAUAAUGAAUGAAUGAAUACUGCAUAUUUUUAUUUAGCAAUUCCUUUGGUACAGUUUUUGGUACAGAAAUUUUGUUCCUUACUUAUUUGAUCAUACUACAUUGUGCCAUAUUGACAUGUGUACAUGUAGUUACGUGUGUUCAUCUUAUAAUGUGGCAUGUGGCAUUCAAUACUACUGAUUCAGAAGUGACAAUAAAUGUGGUGUUCUGAAGGCU